CUCCCUCAAGAACUAGGACAGACUGCUCCGGCUCGUCGGCGACAGCUAAGUGGGACGAUUGCCGAGGAGAUGGCCGACGAUGCAGGGCGAGGGUCGUCGGCGGCAGCGGCGAAGAAGGGGAGACUCGAGGGGAAGAUCGCACUCAUAACUGGAGGAGCGAGUGGGCUCGGAAAGGCCACGGCUCACGAGUUCAUCCAGGAGGGCGCGUCCGUGGUCAUUGCCGACGUCAACUCUGCGUUGGGCCUAGAGACAGCCCAGGAGCUCGGCCCACAGGCCCAUUUCGUCCACUGCGACGUCACCGUCGAGGAGAGCGUCGCCGCCGCCGUGGACGCCACCGUCACGAAGCACGGCCGGCUCGACGUCAUGUUCAACAACGCCGGCAUCGUGGGCGCGCUCUCCGGGACGUCGGAGGUGGCCAGCCUGGAUCUCGGCCAGUUCGACCGCGUCAUGAGCGUGAACGUGCGCGGCACCCUGGCGGGGAUCAAGCACGCGAUGCGCGUCAUGGCGCCGGCGGGCUCCGGCUCCAUCCUCUGCAUGGCGAGCAUCAGCGGCCUCCUCGGCGGCCUCGGCACGUACCCCUACGCGGUCUCCAAGCUCGCCGUCGCCGGGCUGGUCAAGACGGCCGCAGCCGAGCUGGCCCGCCACGGCGUCCGGAUCAACUGCAUAUCGCCGCACGCCGUGCCGACGCCGCUGGUGCUGGAGCAGUUCUCGCAGCUGUACCGUGGCGCGGACGAGGCGCAGCUGGCCGCCAUCAUCGGCGGCCUCGGCGAGCUCAAGGGCGCGACGUGCGAAGCGGUGGAUGUGGCCAAGGCGGCCGUGUACCUCGCAUCCGACGAUGCCAAGUACGUCUCCGGCCAGAACCUUGUUGUGGACGGCGGCUUCACCACCUACAAGUACAUGAACAUGCCACCCCGCAAGCCUCAGGAUCAGGAGUGAGUGAUUGCCCACUACUGAUAUUGCCUGCGUUUGUGCUCGUCUGGGAUGUACAAAACUGCCUGUAUUCCUGUGAAACCUUGCAAUGAAUAGUGGAUUCGACAGCUCAGGGCAUCUCCAACGCGGCCUACAAAAUGGAUAUUGUAUUUGUCUAUGGACUGGUUGGGACCAGUCUACGGAUACUACUGGUACAGGAGCCGACCAUUCAACCCUGUCUUCUUAA